AUGGCAUCAAUUGUAUCAGAUACCCUGAAGAAGGCCGAGAACGCAAUCAUGGGCGACGCAAAGCAGGCUCAGCUCGCUGAGAACACGGUCGAGCAUGGCCCCAAGGCACAGAUGACCACCGACUUUGGCGCCAAGGUCAACAACACCGACGACUGGUUGAGAGUCACCACCAACGACAAGACCGGUCCUAUGCUCCUCGAAGACCCCAUUGCUAGGGAAAAGAUCCACCGCUUCGACCACGAGAGAAUCCCUGAGCGAGUCGUCCACGCCAGAGGUGCCGGCGCCUUUGGCACCUUCCGUCUCUUUGAGAGCGCUGGCGAUGUGACGAAUGCCGGCGUGCUUACCGACACGUCACGGGAGACACCUGUGUUCCUCCGAUUUUCCACCGUCCUUGGUAGCCGUGGCAGCGCCGACACCGUCCGAGAUGUGCGAGGCUUCGCGAUCAAGUUCUACACCAAGGAGGGCAACUGGGAUAUGGUCGGCAACAACAUCCCCGUCUUCUUCAUCCAAGACGCGAUGAAGUUUCCGGACGUCAUCCACGCAGGCAAGCCCGAGCCACAGCUCGAGUUCCCCCAGGCCCAGUCUGCCCACGACAACUUCUGGGACUUCCAGUACCUACACACCGAGGCCACGCACAUGUUCAUGUGGGCCAUGUCUGACCGCACCAUUCCCCGAUCGUACCGCAUGAUGCAGGGCUUCGGCGUCAACACCUACACCCUCACCAACGACAAGGGUGAGCGUCACUUUGUCAAGUUCCACUUCACACCCGAACUUGGUGUCCACUCUCUCGUUUGGGACGAGGCUCUCAAGCUGGCUGGACAGGACCCCGAUUUCCACCGCAAGGAUCUGGCUGAAGCCAUUGAGAACGGCGCGUUCCCCAAGUGGAAGUUUGGUAUCCAGGUUCUGCCCGAGUCCAAGGAACACGAUUUUGACUUUGACAUCCUCGACGCCACCAAGGUCUGGCCUGAGGAGCUCGUUCCGAUCCGCUACAUUGGAGAAUUGGAGCUCAACCGCAACCCCGACGAGUACUUCACCCAGACCGAGCAGGUCGCUUUCUGCACCAGCCACGUCGUCCCCGGCAUCGGGUUCUCCGACGACCCUCUCCUCCAGGGCCGCAACUUUUCUUACUUUGAUACCCAAAUUUCACGCCUCGGCAUCAACUGGGAGGAGCUUCCCAUCAACAAGCCCGUAUGCCCCGUCAUGAACAUGAACCGUGAUGGUGCCAUGCGCCACACCAUUUCCAAGGGCCCCAACUACUGGCCCAACCGCUUCGAGGCCACGCCACCCGCAAACCACUCCAAGGCUGCCAACGCCUACGUCGAGUUUGCCCAGAAGGUAGAAGGCAUGAAGCAGAGGACGAAGAGUGCCAAGUUCAAGGAGCACUUCUCACAAGCUCAGCUGUUCUUCAACAGUCUGUCGCCGAUUGAGAAGUCGCACGUCAUCAACGCUUUCGCGUUCGAGCUGGACCACUGCGAAGACCCCAUCGUCUACGAGCGCAUGUCCCAGCGCCUUGCCGACAUCGACCUCGGUCUGGCGCAAGCUGUAGCCGACAUGGUUGGUGGUAAGGCCCCCGAGCAGGCCGGCAAGCAGAACCACGGGAAGAAGGCCAAGGGUCUCAGCCAGUUGGAAUAUCUGCCCGAGAACCCCACCAUCAAGACCCGCCGCGUGGCCAUCAUCAUCGCCGAUGGCUACGACCCGCUCGCCUUCUCAACCAUGAAGUCUGCGGUAGCCGCCGCGCAGGGCGUCCCCAUGGUCAUCGGCACCCGCCGCUCCGAGAUCUACCCUGCUGGUGCCUCCAAGACGCCUGGGCAGGGUGUCAAGCCCGACCACCAUCUUGAAGGUUUCAGAUCUACCAUGGUCGAUGCUAUUUUCGUCCCUGGUGGAGAAGACUCGAUCAAGACUCUGUCCAAGAACGGCCGCGCCCAGCACUGGAUCCGCGAGGCCUUUGGCCACCUCAAGGCCAUUGCGGCCACAGGCGAGGCUGUCGACUUUGUCAACGCCACCAUCAACGUUGCCAGCAUUGCUGUUUCGAGCGACAGCAACGUUGAGGAAAGCUACGGUGUCGUUACCAUGAAGAACAUCCAACCUGAGAGCUUCAAGGAUGUGUUCACCAUUGCCAAGAACAGCCAGGGAUUCCUUGAGCAGUUCUUCUUUGUCAUCUCUCAGCAUCGUGUGUGGGCUCGCGAGUUGGAUGAGUUGAGCACCCAAGUGGCAUAUUAA